AUGCACCUGUCGAUGAAAAUAAUAACAUUAAAAUAUUGGAACUUGGAAGUAACCAAAAACCUCCAGGAUAAUUUAAAUAGAAUAACCACUUUAGCAUCAGAAUCAAAUAUCUUGUACACGCAUAAAAUAAUGAGUUCCCUAACGACAAAAUUAUCGGCGAUAACGAGUUCGUCUGAAGCACUUUCAUUUUUGGCUCAGGUGAAUAACAAAAAGAGAGGUCGACAAAUUGGAGUCCAACCAACUUCACUUGCUAGAAGAAAAGUAGGAUUGACUUUAGGUUCAAAAAGAGUGCAAGCAGGGAGACCUACUGAAGUCUGA